CUCGACUAGACGCAAUCGCAGGAUUCUCGGCUUUACAGUCAGAGGAUUGGCCGAAAGACAAGAAAUGAGACAAACUGUUGAAGAAGGUGUCCAUGUCAGCAUCAAUGCAAACUGCUAAAAUGCAAUCCUAGAUAGAGACAUAACUUUUUUCUUCAGCCGAUUGCUUCGAAGAUUUCGACCUCACUGUCCAAGCCCAUUUGUUUACAGCUCCGCUUUGGCUCACCAGAUCAAUGGCCACUGCAAUAAAUAUUUACCGUUAAAAAAUAACUGUAAAUAUAGUCGAGUCGGAGUCAAAUGCAAUGAAAUGGACCCACUACCGGUUCGGUGAAUUGCGAGGAAAGACCUGUUCGUCAAUGAGAAGAUCACUCUCUUCAUUCAUAAAGAGAAUAUCAGAAUCCGGUAAGAAAUUGACUUUGAAGGAAAAUCGCGAAUCUUUUCAUAGCUGGGUGGCCUUCAGUGAAUGAACGCACAAGAAUUCUACGGACAAUAUCAUGGCCACAAUGUGAACCAUUUGGAAUAUGUUCUCCCAUUUUUACGUGAAUCCUCUGACCGCUUAAUUUGGACGGCCGGCGACUCCUCUUUAGAUAACAAAUUCUGGUUUCACGAUACGGCUCCCGCGGUUGGUGCAUACAAGGAAGUUUUACGACCGCCACGGAUGAAGCAGGAUGUGACAUACUGGCUGAACGCGUUGAUUGAAUCUCGACGGUCGAAUGAUGGUUCGUACCCGAAGCUGGCCGCUAUCAACACGGCAGUAGAAGCUACCACGCUCAAUGAGCGAACGUUCAUGCUGACGCCUCAAGAUAGAUUUCUCCGUGACAACAUUAUUUCGGAAGACAUCCUUCUAGUAUCAAUUGGUGGCAACGAUGUUGCUCUCAAGCCUAGUCCAUGUACUAUCUUGUCAAUGUGCGGUUACUUCCGCCAUAUGUUUGGCACUCGAGUCCAGAAGUAUAUCGAUGCGCUGACAGCGAAGACAAAACCAACAAAGAUUUUAGUGUGCAUGAUAUACUUCUUGGAUGAAACUCCAAAUCCGGGAUGGGCAGGAGCGGCACUUGGUGCCAUGGGCUACAAUCGAGAUCCCGGCAGACUUCAAAGCUUCAUUCGGAAGGUAUUUCUCGAGGCAACGACGUCGAUACAAAUCGAAGGGACAGAGGUUAUUCAUGUUCCUCUAUUUCACGUCCUUGAUGGUAAGAAUACAAACGACUACGUCCAGCGCGUGGAGCCAUCACCCAGUGGUGGGCGCAAAAUGGCCGAGUAUCUUUUGUCUCUUUGCCCACCAGGAUAUGAUCGACGAACCAAGCUUGUUACAUCCAUUUAUUACCAUGCCGAACGCGUCAGCUCCAGCGAUAGCGUGCAUGCAUGA